AUGCACUAGUCUGGGGACAGCCUUAGGCUCUGUAUAUACAGAAUAGCAACCUGGGUAUUAUGUGCAGCCCAUAGCUUUUAUAUAUACACCCGCCUGGGCAUUGUGUGUGCCCUCAGGGUCUGUAUAUACACCGCCUGGGCAUUGUGUGUGCCCUCAGGAUCUGUAUAUACACCGCCUGGGCAUUGUGUGUGCCCUCAGGGUCUGUAUAUACACCGCCUGGGCAUUGUGUGCCCUCAGGAUCUGUAUAUACACCGCCUGGGCAUUGUGUGCCCUCAGGAUCUGUAUAUACACCGCCUGGGCAUUGUGUGCCCUCAGGAUCUGUAUAUACACCGCCUGGGCAUUGUGUGUGCCCUCAGGAUCUGUAUAUACACAGCCUGGGCAUUGUGUGUGCCCUCAGGAUCUGUAUAUACACAGCCUGGGCAUUGUGUGAGCCCUCAGGGUCUGUAUAUACACCGCCUGGGCAUUGUGUGUGCCCUCAGGAUCUGUAUAUACACCGCCUGGGCAUUGUGUGUGCCCUCAGGAUCUGUAUAUACACCGCCUUGGGCAUUGUGUGUGCCCUGAGGAUCUGUAUAUACACCGCCUGGGCAUUGUGUGUGCCCUCAGGAUCUGUAUAUACACAGCCUUGGGCAUUGUGUGCCCUCAGGGUCUGUAUAUACACCAGCCUGGGCAUUGUGUGUGCCCUCAGGAUCUGUAUAUACACCGCCUGGGCAUUGUGUGCGCCCUCAGGGUCUGUAUAUACACCGCCUGGGCAUUGUGUGUGCCCUCAGGAUCUGUAUAUACACCAGCCUGGGCAUUGUGCGCCCUCAGGAUCUGUAUAUACACCAGCCUGGGCAUUGUUUGUGCCCUCAGGGUCUGUGUAUACACCAGUCUGGGCAUUGUUUGUGCCCUCAGGGUCUGUAUAUAUAGAAUAGCAACCUGGGUAUUAUGUGCAGCCCAUAGCCUUUAUAUAUACACACCAGCUUGGGCAUCUGUAUAUACACCAGCCUGGGCAUUGUGCGCCCUCAGGGUCUGUAUAUACACCAGCCUGGGCAUUGUGUGCGCCCUCAGGGUCUGUAUAUACACCAGCCUGGGCAUUGUGUGCCCUCAGGAUCUGUAUAUACACCAGCCUGGGCAUUGGUGGGGGUAACAUACAGGAUUCCUCUAUUCAACAUCUGCCUAAUAGGGAACAUAUAGGUUCUGUAUUUGGGGCGGUCCUGUAUUUUAGGGAAAGUGUUUCGGUACCUAUGUGAGGGUGCCCAGCUGGGCAAGGGACCUGUUUGGGGCACUUACAGCACCCUGUGGGGGCUACAGUAGGGGGCGCUGUCAGACCUGCGUGGGGCAGGUAAAGUUUGGAGGGAGCAGGAAAGAAAUUGCACUUGAAUGGGACAUAGGGGCUAAAAUCUGUAGGGCAGGUAUUGUUAUAGGGCAUUUGUGGGACUGGGAGGGUUAUAAGACAUACCUAGGGGGUCUGCUUGUUGAAAUAAGUACUUUAAGAUAAGAGAUAAUGGUGGGAUAGUGACUGGAAGUAUAGGAGCUCUGGGUGGAAGCUGUUUUAGGGAUCAGAUCAGUAAGUUGUGCAGCUGUUACAGGACGGUGGAAGGUGGAGGCAGAUGAAGUAAUGAGAUUUGGAUGAUGAACGAGCAGGUGCAGAACCUGUUUGGGUGAAAAGGAAUCGCUAUAAGACUUGUGUGGGUGCCCAUUCUGUGUGUGGGAGAUAACCUUUGAGGUAGAUAAGACAGAACAGUACAGUUUAUUUUGAAAAUAUAAGAAAAAAUGUUUUUGACGGCGAUGCGGAGUAAACAUGUAUUGGACCUUGACAUUUCUGACUUCUGUAAUAUAUGGGUCUUGGCAGCGUGCCUGGGAUAUGUAUAAAGUGAUUAAUGGGGAACAAGCAUAGGAACUGCAUAGAGGAGUAGGCAUUGCACCAGUGUACGGGAUCUUAUGGGGCUUCUCUGGGAAAAGAACAGGUGUCAUUCAGCGGGAAAUAGAAAUACUGCUGAGUAUGAGCUGCUGGGAGACCGCUGCCAAUCAGUUUUGGUAGGACUGGCAUUCCGAAGGUGCCAAAGUGUCUGGAAGCAACUGGUGUAAAGAUGUAUAGGAAAACAUAGUAAGAAACCUUUUUUUAGAUGUUAAGGGUUUGGCUUUUGUUUAUAUUUUUGAAAAGCAUAUUUUUUCAGAACAAUAAAUAUACUUUAUAAAUUAUUAUACAUUUUAAUAUUCCAGGUGGAUAUAAUUAACAUUGCCAGGCUGCCACAGUCUCUUUGGAUACACAAGGAUAAAAAACACAUAUUUGGAGACUAUUUUAUUAAGCACAAACUUCUUUUAUUUUUACCUUUGCUCUUCAGAAGAUUUGCUGAAUGAUGGAUUGGUUCAUAUACCCCUAGCUAUUAGUAUUUCAUUGUCAAGCGCUACGUCUCUGUUCCUUUAUACAUUACUUGGGAAUGAAAACGGCGACUCUGUACUUCUGACCUCCAAGAGGUGACCAAAGAUGAAGAAGUUCCGCAAAGUUUUGGAUGGUCUGACGGUUGGCGGAGGGGGCGGCGGAGGAACUUUGGCGGCAGCCGGUGUCUGCCCUGUGUAUUCAGCUGGUCCCACAGGAGUGGUAGUGUCCCCUCGGGACACAGAAGUCCAGGAGAACUUAACUUCUGACCAGUUCCACAUCUGCAAGACUGUACGACAUGGAUUUCCACAUCAACCUACAGCUUUUGCUUUUGAUCCCGUACAGAAGAUACUGGCUAUUGGGUCACGGACUGGAGCUGUACGAAUAUUGGGCCGGCCCGGAGUCGAUUGCCAUUGCCACCAUGAGAGCGGGGCAGCUGUACUGCAUCUACAAUUUCUUAUUAACGAGGGUGCCUUGGUUAGUGCCUGUGCAGAUGAGACCCUUCAUUUGUGGAACCUGAGGCAGAAACGACCGGCCGUCCUUCAUUCACUGAAAUUUAAUAAAGAACGGAUCACCUGUUGCCAUUUACCCUUCCAGAGUAAGUGGCUGUAUGUCGGCACAGAAAGGGGCAACACGCACAUUGUAAAUAUUGAAUCCUUCAUUCUCUCUGGAUACGUUGUUAUGUGGAACAAGGCAAUAGAACUAUCAACAAAGACUCACCCAGGGCCAGUUGUACACUUAAGCGACACCCCUAGAGACGAGGGGAAGUUGCUAAUAGGUUAUGAAAGUGGAACAAUAGUUCUGUGGGAUCUGCGAUCCAAAAGAGCCGACCUAAGAUUCUAUUACGAUGAGGCCAUUCACUCUAUUGCCUGGCACCAUGAAGGGAAGCAGUUUAUGUGCAGUCACUCAGAUGGGAGUCUGACGGUUUGGAACGUGAGGAACCCCAGCAGGCCCUCUCAGAUCACCGUUCCCCAUGGGAAAAGUCAGAGAGACGGGAGGAAACCUGAACCCUGCAAACCAAUUUUAAAAGUAGAAUACAGGACAUGUAAAAACAGUGAACCCUUUAUCAUUUUCUCUGGGGGACUGUCCUAUGAUAAAGCCUGCAGGAGACCCAGUCUAACUAUCAUGCACGGGAAAUCCAUCACAGUCCUGGAAAUGGAUCAUCCUAUUGUAGACUUUUUAACCCUGUGUGAAACUCCGUACACCAAUGAAUUCCAGGAGCCGUAUGCCGUAGCAGUUCUGCUGGAGAAGGACCUGAUCAUUGUGGAUCUGACACAGAGCAAUUUCCCAAUCUUCGAGAAUCCCUACUCCAUGGAUAUUCACGAGUCGCCGGUAACCUGCACGGAAUAUUUCGCAGACUGCCCUCCUGAUCUGAUUCCGGUGCUUUAUUCUGUAGGAGCCAAGCACAAAAAGCAAGGCUACAGCAACAAGGAAUGGCCCAUAACCGGCGGAGCCUGGAACCUGGGAAGCCAGACCUAUCCUGAAAUCAUUGUUACGGGGCAUGCUGACGGCUCUGUCAAGUUUUGGGAUGCGUCUGCUUUCACGCUCCAGAUGUUGUACAAACUGAAAACCUCCAAGGUAUUUGAGAAACAGAAGGCGGGAGAAGGGAAGCAAACAGCGGAGAUAGUGGAAGAGGAUCCGUUUGCCAUCCAGAUGAUCUCCUGGUGCCCCGAGAGCAGAGUCUUUUGUGUGGCCGGGGUCUCCGCUUAUGUUAUCGUCUAUACAUUUAGCAAACAUGAAGUGCUGAUGGAUAUAGCGUCCUUAGAAGUUCGGCUGCAGAAUGAGGCUGAAGACAUCGUUACUCCUGAGCCGGACACAAUCUCCCCAUUUCCCGAGCCCGCUCCUCCACCCCUGUGCUUAAAGAGCAGGAACCUGUCUGGCAGUGCCAACACCGUGACGUGUGAGGGGCCGCUGAAAGAUAGCAUCCCAUGCCUCAGUGUGAAGAGUCGGCCAGUGAGGAUGCCCCCAGGGUACCAAGCAGAGCUUGUCAUUCAGCUUGUAUGGGUGGAUGGAGAGCCGCCGCAGCAAAUUACUAGCCUGGCUGUAAGCUCUGCCUAUGGCCUCGUUGCCUUUGGGAACUGUAAUGGCUUAGCCGUGGUGGAUUAUAUCCAGAGAAGCAUCUUACUGAGCAUGGGAACUAUCGAUUUAUAUGGCUCCAGCGACCCGUACCAGAGGCAGCCGCGCUCCCCGCGCAAGAGCAAGCAGUUCACUGCAGACAACUUUUGCAUGCGUGGCCUGUCUAAUUUUUACCCCGAUUUAACGAAAAGGAUCCGUACUUCUUAUCAGAGCCUAACAGAACUUACAGACAGUCCCGUUUCCUUGGAGUUGGAGCGCUGCAAGUCCCCCACUUCAGUCAAAGGAUCAAGAAAGUUAAGUCUGCCAACAGAUCUUAAGACUGAUCUUGAUCAUGUGAACGGUCACUGCACGAGUCCUACUUCUCAGACUUGCAGCUCGGGGAAGCGCAUCAUCGCCAGCGACGGAGUGAAAGCCAAUCGCAGGGGCCCGGGUCGGCCACCAUUUCGGAAAGCGCAGUCUGCAGCCUGUAUGGAGAUAUCCCUGCCAGUGACCUCUGAAGUAGGUUACAUUUCCAGACGGGCAAUGCUUCAGCAAUUACACGGAGUCAAUACUUUCUCAAAUGACGAGGGCCACUAUUCUCCAAACCCCUGGGCCGACAAAGAAAGUCGUGAGAGCUCGUUCAGCCGCUCCCGCAGCUCCAGCGUUUCCAGCAUCGACAAGGAUGCCAAGGAAGUCAUCACCGCUCUCUACUUCAUGGAGUCCUUCGCCCGUAAGAACGACCAGUCCCUCUCGCCGUGUCUGUGGAUGGGCACCAGUCUGGGGAUGGUUUUGCUCAUUUCUAUCAACAUGCCUCCUACAGAGGAACAGAGACUAACGGAGCCAGUCAUGGUGUCGCCGAGCGGUUCUGUAUUAAUGCUGAAGGGAGCCAUACUGACAUUCUCCUGCUUGGACUGCACCGGCACCUAUAUACACCCACCUUAUGAGAUCUGGAGAGACCCCAACAGUACGGAGGAGAACGAGAGAACACGGAAACGCAAACUGGUCACAUUCUCACCUUCAUCCUCCCAGGACAUGGGGGAUCACCAGUUUGCCGUUAUCUGCUCAGAGAAACAAGCCAAAGUUUUCUCACUGCCCUCCCAGACAUGUCUGUAUGUGCACAACAUUACUGAGACCUCCUUCCUGCUGCGGGCAGAUGUGGUCACUUUGUGCAACAGCGUUCUGCUGGCGUGCUUCUGCGCCAAUGGCCACAUCAUGACCAUAAGCCUCCCCAGCCUGCGGCCAUUGCUGGAUGUAAAUUACCUGCCCCUCACGGAUAUGAGAAUAGCACGGACUUUCUGCUUCACUAAUGGGGGGCAAGCUCUGUAUCUGGCAUCCCCCACUGAGAUCCAGCGGAUCACCCACAGCCAGGAGAUGUGUGACAGCCUGCAGGAGAUGCUGGGGGACCUGUUCUCACUGGUACAGACCCCUGAGGCGCAGAACAAGGGCUUCUUGACCGUCCUGUUUGGUGGAAGUGCCCAGAACUUCGACAGAGAAGAGCUCUUUGGUGAGGCCACAGCAGGAAAAGCCUCUCGGAGCCUUGCACAGCACAUCCCGGGGCCCGGAGGGAUUGAGGGGGUAAAAGGGGCAGCAAGUGGGGUUGCUGGCGACUUGCACAGAGCUCGCAUCGCUCUGGAUGAGAGAGGACAGAGGCUGGGAGAACUGGAGGACACUACGGCAGCCAUGAUGUCCAGCGCUGAAGCCUUUUCUAAACAUGCACAUGAGCUGAUGCUGAAAUACAAAGACAAGAAGUGGUAUCAGUUCUAGGCUGAACGAUUUGAUCCUUUCUAUGGACCGGUACUUAGAACUUGUCCCUCUGCGUGGGUUACUCAGCUCCAGCACUCUCCGCCGGCGCAGUGUCCAACACCUUCCCCAGGGGCGGCCACACCGACCCCCCCCCCUCCGACGUGCGAAUCGGACCUGCGCCUCAUUUACUCUGUAAAGCCCUUUGCUGCCUGCGAAGCCUGAAGGACUAUGGGAAAGGAAAGGUCCUUCCAGGAGCCGAGGGCCCCAUUCUCCGCUAGAACUGGAAGAGGGCAUGUCCGCUUCUGUGUUUUCUGAAAUCAAAAAUAUAAAUGUCCUGUAUCCUGUACAAUCUAGGAUGUUAAUCGCACUCAAUUGAAGAAAAAAAAUGAAAAAUGUAAAAAAAAAAAAAAAAGUUGCAUGAAAAAGAUUGAAGGCGAGAAUAGGCGCAUGCAAGGGCGGAACAGUCGGACGCGGCGAGCAUUCCUAGUGCCCCCCCCGGGCAGUAUUUUCAUUUGUGUGCCUAGUGAUUGCUGUUUCAUUUGCAAUAUCCAGCUUUGUUUCACCACCCAACGCCGCACCCUAGGGGGCACACUGAGCGCCAUCAGCGACUUCUUCCCCCUGUCCCACUUGCCCAGCUGUACGGACGCCUACAGAGACUUGCCCAGCUGUACGGACACCUAAAGAGACUUGCCCAGCCAAUGGGGUGGGGUGGGGGGUCCGGCUCCUAUUGCCUCUAAAGGUGGGCACUGCCCCCUCCUGAAUACCCUCUUCUGUAAAUGACUCAGACUUGCCCAUGGUUUAUGGGAGUGACUAUGGCGAGGGGCCGGCGGUUUCCCAGAGGUAGGUACCCAGUGCCUCAUUCUGUCUAUAGAGUAGUUCCAAUCAGAUUAAACCAAUGUAUGUGUUUGAAAAUAAAGUGUCAUUCGAGAUCCCUAUCAACCUAA